AUGGAUAUCACUUGCGGAACAUUGAGUAGUUUGGCUGACAAGUUCCGGGAUCUAGUGAUCGAUCUAACUUGGGAGCAGCUUCGUUAUCUGUUUCAGUAUCACAGAAACAUUGAGGAGCUCAAUGAACGACUUAAGGAACUCACCCUUGAGAGAAGCUCCAAACAACAGCAAAUAGAUAAUGCUAGAAAAAAUUUAGAACAAAUUGAAGAGAAAGUUCAGCAUUGGUUGCGCAAAGUAGAUGAGAUUUUAACGCAAACACAAAUGUUUCAUGAAGAAGAGAGUCAAGCAAAAACAGAGUGUAGCGUGACUUCCUGUCCCAACCUGUGGCUACGUUAUAAACUAAGCAAAAGAGCAAAGGAAAUGGCACAGCAAGUUGUUGAAAUCUAUGGGAAGAGAAACUUUGAUAGGGUUGCAUAUCCUGUUCCUCCCCCAUCGAUGCCAGAAUUACUCAACAGAAAAAGCAAUGAACGGAUUGGUUCUAGAACGCAAAUUGUGAAUCAAAUUAUGGAGCUCUUAGAUAAUCCUAGUGUUAAUAUUGUCGGAUUGUGUGGGCUUGGCGGUGUUGGCAAGACCACUAUAGCUAAAGAGGUGGCAGAGAAGGCGAAGAAUCAAAACAUGUUUAAAAAGGUGAUCAUGGCAACUGUUUCUAAUGAAUUGGACGUUGAGAAGAUUCAAGGCCAGAUUGCAGAGAAGCUGGGUUUUCAACUCAAUGAAAAAUUUGAAGUAAGAGCUUAUCGUCUAUGUGAAAGGUUGAAGCAAGAGGAGAAUAUGCUCCUAAUAUUGGAUGAUCUUUGGAAGGAACUUGAUUUAGGCGAAGUUGGAAUUCCCUUUGUUGAUGUUGGAAGUUCUAGCAAAAAGAAUGAACGCUGCAAAAUUUUACUAACUUCAAGGAAUAAGAGUUUGCUGUCAAAUGGCAUGAAAUGUCAAAAAAUUAUCGAAGUGGACGUUUUGUCAAAGGAUGAAGCAUUAGAGUUGUUCAAGAGGAUUUCUGAACUUCCUAUUGACUCAAGCACUCCUGACAACUUGAUAUCUAUAGCCUAUCAGAUUGUUCGAAAGUGUCAUGGCUUGACAUUAGCGAUUGCAGCAGCUGCCAAGGCACUAAAGGGAAAAAAUCUAGAUGAGUGGCAAGAUUUCUGUAAACGAUUGAAUCAUCCUUUAAGGAGAAACAUCACAGGAAUUAAAGAGGUGGAUGUGAUAUUGAAGUCGAGUUAUGAUUGUCUAAGCUUAGAGAAAAAACGUAUCUUCUUGCUCUCCGCCAUGCUGUCCCAUGAUCCCUCAAUUGAUGACCUGCUCAUGUACUCUAUGGGCUUUUCUAGUCAUUACUUUACAAUACAUGAUGUCUUUCGAGAUCUUGCAAUAUCGAUUGCAACCAAUGAAUUAAAUGCAUUCAUUGUGAGGCAUGGAAGCUUGAAAGAAUGGCCUGAAAAAAAUAAGCUUGAAGACUACAAGGGAAUUUGCUUGCAAAAGAGUGACAUCAGUGACCUUCCAGAAGAGCUUCAUGGUCCAAGAUUAGAAUUCUUUCUGCUAGACAGCACAAAACGUGAUUUGGCCAUACCUAGGAUGUUUUUCAAAUCAUCAAAGGAGCUGAAAGUAAACAUAAUUGAGGUUGGAAGCUUGAAGAAGUUAGAAGUCCUAAGUCUUGCUUACUCUGAAAUUCAACAACUACCUAUUGAAUUGGCAGAGUUAACUUCUUUACAAAUGUUGAAUUUAGCCCAUUGCUCCGAGCUCAAAGUGAUUCCACCAAAACUGCUAUCUAGCUUCAAAAAAUUGGGGGUUUUGCUUAUGGGAAAUAGCUUUCACCAGUGGAAAGUUGAAGGAUCUACUGAAGCUAAUGAAAACGCGAGUCUUGACGAGUUGAAGGGCUUGCCAAUCUGUUCUCUAGAUAUUCAUAUUCCUAAUGUCUCGAUGUUGCCGGAGAAUUUGUUCUUAGAUAUGAAUUUGAUGAGAUACAAAAUACUCAUUGGGAAGCACUGGAAAUGGUGGACGGUCAGCUAUAAAACUUCAAAGGUAUUGAAACUUGAGCUUGAGAGUGAUAUCUAUUUGAAGCCUGGGGUUCGAAAGUUGAUGAAAGGAGCUGAAGAUUUGUGUUUAUAUGGAUCUAAUGGGCUUGAAAAUGUUCUACAUGGUCAUGAUGGAAGAUCAUUUCUGCAUUUAAGGCAUCUUCAGAUUGAAAGUAACGAUGCUAUUGAGUCCAUUGUUUGGAACUCAGCACAUCAUGAAGCAGCAACAAAUAACAUAUCCAAUAAAAUGUCUGAGUCGCUUUUGAACAAGGUGUUGCUUCCAAAAUUAGAGAUAGUGCGAUUAUCUAAUUCAAUCGGUUUGAUUCCAUUGAUAUGGGAGGACCAACUUUCACACAACUCAUUUAGGAACUUGAAAACAUUGUUUGUGGAAAAUUGUGGCUUUGUGAAAUUGGUGCCCCUUCGUGUGCUGAAAUCUUUAAACAACUUGGAAGAACUAGAAGUUAGGGAGCUGUGA